UCCGGCUUUUAUUCGAAAACUAUUCCACGUAUUGUUUUGCAGUUUGGCUACGAAAAGCAUUUAAGGAACAGCUUACAGGCCUAUAAUAGUGAGACGUUCUAUUUUCCCUUACUAAUAGGUAAGUUUUGACUGUGAAAAUGGCUAAAACGGCACUUUUUGCGGCGAGAUUUAGGUAAGAAGAUUCAUUUUCCCGGGCUUCGGAAAAUUAUAGACCCGUAGAAUGCACCUUUGUCUUGCGUCGCGUGAUAAAAAAAUAUAGUUUCGUAGAUGAAAAUCGAUGGUUCUACGAUGCAGUUCUAAAGCACUGCAUGCCAGUAAGACACUCCAGUGAAGUGGCGCCACCACGCGCUCCGCUCGGCCGCUAUCAGUCCGGGAGGGGAAGUAGCCUUGAGCGGCGGGAAGGUGGGUAUGCGGGGGGAAAAGAUCCGGCUGGUAGGGGGAGUGCCCAGCUGCUGCGUGUCGCUAACCUGAGUCUAGGGCAGUAGCUGUCUUUGACAGACGCACAGUGCGAGGUGCGAGAUAAUAGUUCGUACAUCCAUCAUCCUGCGUGCGUGCUCUGAUACUUGUGAAUGUGUGUGGGUGAAUUGACUCGCGUCAAGUGCCAGUAGAACGUUUAGCCUUUAUACCCAUUUAGAAAGGUUUGAUUUACAAAGGUAUGGAAUCUGCGAGAAAGCAAGUUUUGAAUGAAGACAAAAGAAGAGGUAAAAAACGUCACUUGCGUCUGAAUGCAGUUCGAAAGAAAAGGAAAUGGAACAAAGGGAAAGUUUUACGUUUAGUUGACGGCAGGCUGCGUUACGUGAAAAACCAUGAAACAAGGUUUUCCAACUAUACUUCACAUGAGUCUUUCAGUACAUCCAAACACGCGGGGAAUAUAGAAAAUGCUGUUGAAAGGAAAACCCAGACAGACAGUGAGACUUGCUACAUAACGUUGUCUCCAGCAAGGUGUUCCACCUCUCCCGGCGAUACUGCUUCACAUGAUCAAGUAGACAUCGAUGGAGCAGGUUGUUCGUUUUGGACAAACGAAAUAUUGGCGACACCGCAGAAAGUCACAACUACUGAUUAUCCUACAGAAGAAUAUGAUGUUACUGGAAUAUUUUCAGACACGGAACAAGAGUCAAAAUCGGUCACAAGUGACUACGCUCAGCUUCUUGAAGGCGUGGAGAAACUUUCGUCACCAGCAUCUUCACCCGAACAAACCUCUCCUAAAAAAACUUUCAGCUCUGAAUCAUCAACCUUUCCGAUACAAGGCCGUCGACUGUUUGAUGUUGACUUUCUAUUCAAAGAAAUGUCGCGCAUCAGCCAACAUAACAAAGUGUUUCAGUGUUCGUUUGAAAAUAUGCGAUUAAUAAAAGAACAUAAAAAUGGAAUGAUAAGUAAAUUUGAUUUCAAGUGUAAUAUGUGUGGUACUGUUGAAUCUAUUUUCUCGGAGGACCCCCAAACAAAUAAAGUCAACUGUAACAUGGCAUGGGUGAACAGUAUGUUGUUAACGGGCCAAAGUUUUACACAGUUACAAGACAUAACUUCAACUUUGGAAAUGCCUUGCAUGGCCAAGGAGACUUUCAACAAAUGUCAAAAAUCCCUAUCUUCUGUUAUACACGAUGUCGCAUGUCAAAGUAUGGAAGCCGCUGGCAAAGAAGAAGCAAGAUUGGCAGUAGAAAAUGGCAGUGUGGAUGUCGACGGAGUUCCUCUCAUAGCAGUUGUCACUGAUGGAGCUUGGUGUAAACGAUCGUAUGGAAACAAAUAUGAUGCUCUUUCUGGGGUGGCUUGCAUAGUAGGAAAAGAAACAAAAAAAGUUAUCUUCGCAAGCACUAGGAAUCGAUACUGCUGCAUAUGUUCACGAGCAAACAGUAAAAAUGAGACGCCAAAGGACCACGUCUGUUUCAAAAAUUGGAACAAGUCUUCAAAUGCCAUGGAAUCUGACAUCAUAGUGGAAGGUUUCAAAUGCAGUGUUUCCAUGCAUAACCUGAAAUAUCAUCAGCUGAUUGGUGAGUCACAAGGUGAUCAGUUAAUUUCAGAUGUUAUUAAUUAUUAUGUAUUUGUGUCGAUAGUAUAUUUUCGAAAUAAUUUUAAUGCCGUGUGGUAUUUAAUGUUUUUAUUUCCGACGUCGCACGUUUCAUAUGUUUUCAUACAAUGCUGCAUAUUGUAACGAACUGAAAUGUAGCGCUUUUGUAACAGCUACUUCCUAAAUAUACAGAAAGGUAUUAGCUCUACAAUGUUUAUAAAUGUAACCUCGCGAAGAGUAGGUACUAAAUAUUGUGAACUAUAUGAAAAUAGUUAGCCUCAGAGCAGUAACCGAGCGCUCUGAUAUGCCUACAAGAAGAACGUGCAUAUGUGGCCAUUUCGAGUUAAAAAUGAUUUGGUAGUUUUCUGUAGGUAUUUUUCAGUGAGCCAUUGUAUGUAAGUAGUUGUGUUAAUUAAAGAAAUGUUGUCUUGCACUUGUAUUUCAUACCCCAGAAAUAGCAUAGCCAUACAAUUCAGAGCCUACCACUAUGUUAAUAUAUGUACUUCUUUGAGGGCUUAACUGCAGAUUUAUGUCUUGGUAUGGUUCUUAGGAAUAUUUUUAAAGGGUAUGCAAGGUAUAAAGUUUUCCAUUUAGCCGAAAAAAGGACCCAAAAAUAUUGUAAAGUAUGCGGCCUUAGUUUUAAUAUUUGUGAGAAAUAGAGUAUUGAAGUCUUAUCUUGUUUAAGGCCAUGUUACAGCGUUUAACGGCCCUUCAAAAACAAUAAUUUUUAAUCAAUGUUUUGUCUAUACAGAAAAAUCACCCAGUUUUAACAAUACCACCUUAAACGUUUUAUUAAAGUAUUGUCAUACCAAUAAACAUAACAGUUUUUUUCCAAUAUUUCUAAAUAAGUUAACGCCAAUUUUUUGCCCGAAAAUGAGAUAAAGAAUGACAAAAUAAUGUAUGCGGCCGAAUUAUACGUGGUAGAUUUAAAUAGCUUCUAAGGAUUUGUUCACAGUUUCAUUUCACGGAGUCAUGAAUUUUCUCAAUUCAUUACAUUGGAAACUAACUGAUAAAUUUAACUCAUUAUUUUCGAAACGCUGCAACAUGGCCUUGUAUUUUUUUUCGUAUAUAAAUAAAUACCUAUACAUUUAUCACAUUAGUACGUAGCGUGUUGUAAACAUUUUCAGGAGAUGGCGAUAGCAGCAUUAUGACCCAGUUGGUGAAGGCUCAGCCAUAUGGUCCAAAUUUUACAAUCACCAAAAUUGAAUGUACUAACCACAUACUGCGAAAUUACCUUCGAAGGAUACGUUGUAUUGCUCAAAAGACGAAAAACGAAAUUGGUUCCGUUUCUCCUGUUCUACGAAAGGCUGUAUCUGACAAACAACUCCGCCUUCGAGCUGCAGUCACCGGAGCUGUGCAGCAUAGGCGUGCUCAAAAAGAGUUUCCAAUUCACAGAAAAAUUGAGGAGUUAAAACUUGACAUUUACAAUGGUCCAUUUCACGUAUUUGGUGACCACUCAGGAUGCGCAAUUAGAGGUUAUUUCUGUAGCGGAUUGAAAGAAAACGAGGAAAACCUUGUACCGCCUCUUCAAGAGGCAGGUAUAUGGUCAGAAAUAAUAGCAGCUCGAAACAUUGUUGCACAUCAUGCUGUAAGCCUUUUACAUAAUGUCAAUACUAAUACAGCAGAGUCUUUCAAUAAUGUGGUUUGCAAGCAUGUUUCAAGUAAACGAGUAAACUUUUGUUUGAGUGGUGGCUACCAAACAAGAAGCGAGCUCUCUGUAAUUUCUUUUAAUUCAGGUCCUCAAACACAGUCCUUUAUCCAUAAAGGAAACAUCACUAAAGCUCACAUACAGCGCAAGGAACGUUCAUCAGAGAAAAGAAAGCUCAGGAGGCUGACAAACCCACAAACAUUUAAGCGCAGAAAGUUGUAUGUGACAGGUCCUGACAAGGAUUAUGGCUGUGUAGAACAACGCAUACCUGACAUGGAACCAGACGAAUAUGCAAGACAGACACAGGAAUUUCUCGCUAGUCUUUGUAAAACGGAUGAAGAACGAGAAAAUCUACAAAUCGCUACCAAAGGGCAAAAUGAUUCUGUUCUCUGGAAAUCAGAAAGAAUCAAGCGACUGACAGCAUCAAAUUUCGGUAGAAUCUGUAACAUGAAGAAAUCCACUAAGCGAGCAAAAUCCGUUGUCAAUAUAUUGUACAGUAGGUUUUCAGGGACGGAGGCCACAAGGUAUGGAUUGGAAAAUGAGCAUAGCGCCAUUCAGGAUUUUGAAGUGAACUUUGGUAAGAAGGUGGCUCGCUGUGGCUUAUUCGUCGAUAAGGAACACCCAUGGCUGGCAGCAACACCUGACGGUCUUGUUGGAGAUGAUGGUAUCCUUGAAGUAAAAUGUCCUGCCGUAGCUGCCAGAAUGUCUCCACAAGAAGCAGUGGAACAGAAAAAAGUAACAUUUUGUAACAUUCUGGAUGGUAAAAUGUUUCUGAAGAAAGGACAUGCUUACAUGUACCAAGUGCAGGGACAACUGCAUAUUACCAAUCGUAAGUACUGUUAUUUCGUCCUUUGGACACCACGUGGCUUACUAGUGCAACAAAUUGAAAGAGAGAACAGUUUCUGGAAAGAAAAAAUGAUCAACAAACUGACACAGUUUUACAUGACGUGCCUUCUACCGGAAAUAAUAGAUCCACGUUAUCCUAGGAAUAUGGAAAUCAGGGAACCUGAUAAUACACUGUAAACAAUUGAUGGACAAUAGCCUUACAUGUAAGCCAAAAUUACCACAAACAGUACAGGUAAAUUCCCAUUUUUAAAGAAGGAUAUUAACAACAAAAAUGAUUUCAUAAAGAUUACAGUUAGGCCUAUAGAUUUUUGUUUUCUAGUCCAAUAAACAAUUGAAACAUAGAAAAUUGGCGUACUAGUUUGACGAAAGAUGUUUGAAAUGAUACAGUUAUACAGACAAGUGCCCAGUUGCCAGUUUCCGUGCCAACAGAAAAAAAACCUUAUGUUUGUGUAUGCUGUGAAAUACUUAAAUCAAUAUAAUGUAACAGUGUAAUUGGCAUGCAGUGUCUUAUAACUUUGCACUUAGAUUAUAUUAUUAUGGGCCGUAUCUCAUUGUGAAUCGUUUUAAAAGAUAUACGUAAAAUGUUUGUUUCACUCUACAUGUUAUAUUGUGCGCUGAUAGUUUACUACUAGUAUCGAGCAGCUGUUUAUUUUUAUUUUUGGUUUUGAUGUAUUAACAUUAGU